AAGGGCCAUGGAAGGGCCAGCUGAUUAAGGUCAUUUAUUUACAGUUAUUACACGUCAGGUGGCGUUUUUUCGGCAUUUUAUUUAUGUUGUGUGGGAUUUUGAUCAGUUUAAGAUGUAAGUGAUUAUCUGGCUACGAAAUAAGGUUGUGCGAGAGAUGGAAGCUUGGGAAACCGGACAUACGGUAGAGUGGAGACAACGGAUUAAUGAUUUUGAUUAGAAAAAAAAAUAUUGAUAAAAAGGAGACAAAUAUAAGAAGGGUGAUCAACACCAAUCUGUAUGACUGAAGGUAUCAAGCUUUAAUCAUGGAUGAGCUAAAGUCAGAGCAGAAAGCUUCAGACUAUAUAGAUGGAGAAGAGGACAAAGGCUGCGUUAAGAACCGCAGCACAGAGUCAUCAGAACAAAAUGACACAUCCUGUAGCAGAGAGAGAGAGGUGUCUCCAAUUAAAUGCGAUGUUAAUAUUGGUGUACUAAACGAUAGUAUAGAUGGAAGCCCAAGUGAUAAUGUAUCUGAAGAUGUUGUUGAUAAGUGUAAUAGGGUGACUGCAGAACAAAAUGAUUCUUUUUGUGCAAUGAAUAAUGAAGCUAGUGGUGUCUGCAAUGAUGAAAAUAGUUGUAUGAAUGAGAGGCAGGUUGAAACAUUAUUAGGAGCUCCUGCCAGAACAGAUGUCAGUAAGAAAGAGAGAUUAGAUAUUGAAGAGAAAGACACCAAUCUUCUGUCAGAGAGUUUCCUGAGGGAUGAGAGUGUUGUGGAAUUUACUUACAAUAAAGAUGAGGAUGAGUCCACAGAUGGGGAGGAACAAGUUGAUGUGUUACAGUGUACCAGUGACAAUAUCAAAGAUGUCAGCAGUGAAGCAGAAACUACGGAAGAAAAUAAAUCAUUAGAGUCAUUAAACAGUGAUGAAAAGUUGCCUCCAUUACACUUGCUACCUCAAGAGAUAAAGAAUUCCAGCCUUUUAACAGAAAUUGAGGACCUCUUGACUACGACUGCCUGCAGUCCUGACUCGGGCUUUGAGGUCAGCAAAAUUGAUGUCUCUUCAACAUCCAAAGAGAACCUGAUGAAAAUGAUCUCGAGUCUCCUAGAUGAGUGUGACACCUUAAAGAAGGAGAAGACGAGAUUAGAAGGGGAAGUUGACAGGCUGGAAGCUGAUCAGUCGGCAGUUGUAUACACUAAGCAGAUUGAAACUCUGGAGAAGACACUUGCACAGGCUCAGGCAGAUGCAUGCAGCUGGCAGCAGCGACUGAAGGAAGCUGAGGAGAACUACCUUGCAGAAAACAUCAAGGUCCGCACAGAUCUCACUGCCCGGUUAGAGCGAAUGACUAAGCAGUAUGAGGCUGCCAACAAGGACAAGGAGUCUAUGGUCAUUAAAUAUGCCACUUCAGAGAGAGAGGUUAUUGUUGCCAGACAGCAGAAGGAGGCAGUGGAAAAGAAAAUGAAGGAGAUGGAAAAGGAAAGAGAACAGCUACUGAGUAAGAACAAAAUGCUGAUUGGCGAAAGAGCACGGAUCUGCCAGACGCUCGAUACAAAGGUCCAGAAGAUCAACUCCUUUCAGCGUGAAGUUGAUAGGCUGAAAGAAGAAGUCAGUAGUCGGGAAGUGAAGAUUAAGUGGGCCCAGACCAAACUAAAAUCGGAAAUGGAUGCCCAUAAGGAAACACAAGCCAAGUUGGACCGAGCUCUUACUAAAAUUACAAAACACGAGGAAGAGCUCAAGUCAAUUAAGGAGGAGGCAGAAAAGGUUGUUCGCAGCACCAGAGAUGAUGAAAACUCCAGAGCAAAUGUCCUAGACAAGCAAUUAAAGGAAGAGAAAGCACGACUCAUCAUGGAACGACAGGUCUUUGAGGACAGAGGGUCAGCCUUCAACAAGGUUUCAGCGGAAUUAGAAUCACUGAAAACAAAACAUUCAGCACUAGUUGAGGAAGCAACUUCCUUAAGAUCAAAGGUAACGACAUAUGAGUCAGAAAGAGAAGAGAGCGAGAAGUUAUUCACAAGCCUUAGGCAAGAAGUGAAAAACGCACGUCAGGAGGCAGGAGACCUCAACCUCCAGCUCUCUAACUCAGCGCAUCUUCAGCAGCAGCUACAAAGAGAACGAGAGCAGUUAGCCUCAGCAACACAAGAGAAUGAAAGACUCCAAACAACCAACAACGAGCUAGAGAGCGACCUACUCACCUGUCGCCAGAAGGAGGCUGAACUAUUAGCCUUCACUCAGAAACUCACUGACAAGAAUGUACAAAUCCAGAGUCAGCUCUCUGCCCUACAAUCUAAGACUCAGCUUUUGGAGCUUGAACAUGGGGAGUUGAAGUCAGAAUUGGAGAAUAUCAAGGCCCAGAGGAACAAGAUCAAGGCCGAUCUCACCAAAGAAAAUGAAAUGCAGAAUGCUCAAAUAGAAGAAUUAACGCGGCAGCUUGCAGAGAAGAUAGAGGAGAUGAAGCAGCUAACGACCAAGGCAUCAGACUUGGAGAAUGAAAUUCAGGUCUUGAAGAAAAAGCACAAUAAUUCCCUGAAAGACAUCUCUCGAGAGAUGCAGAAACUACGCAAACGUCUGGAACUCCAUGAGAGCGGAAAUGGGAGUGGAAAUGGAAAUGGAGGGGGUGGCAAUGGUGGGGUAGCAAGUGGGAGGUCUUCGCAGUCUGUGACACCACACGAUACCCUGUCCCAGGGGUCACGAGCCUCCUCCAAUGCCUCCUUGAAUAACAUUGAAUAUCAGAGCACCAAUGGGAGCAGUCCACAGUCUCAGGAAAACCUUCCUUCACUCAACGACCCCUUAGUGACACAGCAGCUCCUGGUCGACCGCAUCAUUAAACUGCAGAAGUCGGCAGCCAAAAAGGCAGAGAAGAUUGAGUUCCUUGAAGAGCAUGUAGCACAGCUGGUCUCAGAGCUCAAGAAGAAGUCACGUAUUAUCCACCACUACAUCAUGAAAGAGGAGGCAGGAGCACUGGCCAACUCAGCGUCAGACACCUCCAAGGCGGAACUAAUGAAACACGGAGGGAUAAUGGCCUCAGUGUAUGGAUCGUCUGCGCGGGAUGAUACGAUGACCCUCGACCUCUCCCUGGAGAUCAAUAGAAAACUACAAGCUGUCUUAGAGGACACGCUGCUCAAGAAUAUCACACUCAAGGAGAACCUCAAUACCUUGGGUGAUGAAAUAGCCAAGAUCUCCCUCCAAAACCAGCAGCUGGAAACUCGGAAAUAGGAGAGCUGUGUCUUUUUUUCUCAGUGUGAGAGUAAGGCAUAACUCACAAUGUGUACUUAAGGAGAGUCUUAUAUCUCUUCUGAGGGAGAAUAGACUCCAAUGAAAUGUCCUUCUUUUAUUUUCUCUUUUUUCAAUUAUUUAUUUUUUGUUUUGAAGUGCAAGAUUGGUUCAGUAGGCCAUAGCUUGCUGACUGGCUCUUGCCAGAAAGUCUCUCAAGCACUGCCGUUUGUGCAUUCCUUGGUGUGUUUGUGUGCAUGGUUUGAUGUGAUUUAUUGCUGGAGAAAUAAGGCAGCCAAAGAGAGGAAAGCCUCGUGUAUUUUCUCGAAAGGUCAGUAUGUUUUGAAAUAUUAAGAACUCAUUGUUAAGUUGUUUCAGAUGUACAUUAAGCUAUUUCAGUUUAAUGUAAAGUACUGGAGAAAGUUGGAUUUGUUUUAUCAAACAAGUUAUGAUAAAUCUGCUCUUGGUUUUAAUAGCAGUUCUUGUAUGGCAUUUCCACUUGAGAUGAAAAUAGUCUUAACUCUACUCAUUCCCUUUGUUGCAAACUGUGUGUCUCAACUUUUUUUCAUAUACUUAUGACCUUGAUUUAUUAAGGCCUUGAACCCCCUCCCAUCCUCCCUCUUGGUAUGAAGGAAAGUAACUUGACUUCACCUCUCAUAAUCAAGUCCAAGAUGCCACAUCAUACUAAUUUUGAAAGUUGCUGGGUGCAAACAAUUAGCUUACACAUGUGUUUGUAGUACGAAAGACAUCUGAUCCAAGGAGAAUAAGAAUUAUUGUAUUUUAUACCAACACUAUGGUUUUCUCAACUCUUUACUUCUUGUGGGGAAACUGCAACAUCAGUGCAGAGAAACUCUAGUGAUAAUAGGAAUACCACAAAUCUUUGUGGUACAGUAGGAGAUUAUAAUCUGUAAACAGUAUUCAUUCUGAUUGCAAAGCAUAGAUUACUAUCUGAAUAAUCUAAAAUUUUGCAGUUGAUACCUGAUUAUUGUAAUAAGUGUGUCUCUUGGAAAUACUUUUACUUGUCAUGAGGAUGAAUGCAGACAUUGUACAUUAAAAUGUAGUGAGGUGUUCAUUAUUUUAUUUCAUAUUUUUUCUCGUCUUUAUUUUGAAAAUGAAUUUGUGAUAAGGAAAAGUCAAAACAACUUUUUAUUUGUGUGCAAUUUGGUAUGUAUUUUUGUGCUUUGUUUUAUUGACUAUUUUUUUCCUUUUCUCCUUAACCUUCCUCCUUGAUUUCUUCUGAUUCCUCGUAUUCUACUUUUCUAUUACUUUUUAUGUGACUGCCUCAUUUACAUUCUUCUUUAAGGAUGUGAGUGCAUUAAGAUCAAAUUAACAGUAUUGGUUUAGGCCUUAAAUAGACUUUUAUGGUUUGAGGAAGUGUCUUAUCAUAGAAUAUAUUUUUUAAGAAGAUGAGUAAGUGUGAAAAAGUAAUGAGUAGUUCAGUGUUUCAUUCCCUAGAGUAGGUACCAUAAUAAGAUUAAAUGAUCUUAUUGUUCCACCAGUUUUAUUGCGGUCAGAGCAUUUUAAUGUUGGGUUUACAUCUUAGAGUGAGAAUAUUUGAAAGUGGGAUAUAUUUCCUAUUCACAGUAGUGGUAAGGCAGGUAGGGCUAAUGCUGCAUAUAAUUCUUGUAAUUUAAAAUCAUCAUAAACAUAUCUAAAUUGUUAGAUAGAUGUGGAUCCAGUUAAUUAUCUACAGCUUUUUUCUUUUUGCGAUAUAUUUAAAAUAUCUUUUUUAGGUAUGCAUGUGUUGAACAUUAAUGAAGUGAUGUUGAAGGUGCAUUAUAGAUCAGUACAUUAAACAUACAUUUCAAAGCAUCAAAGCACUUGAUUCCUUUCUUGACUGUUACCUGUCUCUCAUUAUCAUGUCUCUGAGUUUUGGCAUCUUGUUGCUAAUGGCUCAGAAACAGCCUUGAGUCUCUUGCUGCCUUCAGUACACUCGCAUAUCAUUAGAAGUUUGUUGAGGAGAUUUAGGUGCAGUCUAUGCUGAUUUGCAUACAAUUUCAAUAGUGCCUCUUGUUUUGAUGAUUUGGGGAAUGCUUCUUUAUCAUGUUUAUCAAUACAUUAGUUUACAGUCAUGGACUAAUGCAAAUACUCUCAAAAACUAAGGUACUUUUCCUUCAUCUCCUUCACAGAGAUUUACUUAAUUAAUAAUAGAAGUCAUGUACUUGAUGCCGAGAUAGCUUAACUGGUUUCAGGGAAAAAUACACUUUUAUUGUGCAUCAUAAUAAAGGGUAUGUUGUAAAGGAUAAUCCACCAAACAUAAAAGUAUGAAUAAGUACAGUAUUUUGAUGUCUUUUCAAGAAAACAAUCAGAACAGAGUUGGCAUCAACAUGUAGAGAAUAUAUAGGCAUAUACUUUAUAUUUCCUAUAUUGACAAUGAGGAUUAUUAAAUACUGCCCAUGUGAAAAAGAGAAAAGAGAACAAAUGGAAUCCCUGAAAUUUAUCGUAAGUACAGGAAAACCUUGUAUUUAGAGCCUUAAACUGCAUUUUCUUUCUUUCACUGUCCCAGAAGCCCAAAAAAAGGGAUAAGAAUACAUACAAAGUGAUUUUUAAAUUUUCAAAAGCCAGUUUGCAGUAGGCAUUUCAAAUUCAGUGUUCAUGAACAUUCUUCUCUUUCCACCUCUGAAGUAUGCUGCAAGUGCUUUAUUUUUUUUCUACUAAUCCUAUUUUUUGCUUUGGCUGAAUCAAGUAAGAACAUUGUCAUUGUUUUGAUUUACCAUUCACAACAAACAGUAGACUUAAAACCAAGGUUUAUUAAGGUUUCUCAAUAUCCCCCAAAAUGCAGUACUCAGGUUGUUAAUUCACCUGACUGGCAUACUUGGCCAGUCUGUUUAAGUUGUAUUUCCUGGCUCUCUAGUUAUUGAUUCAUAGUGAUUCUGUGAAUUAAGUGUAAGUACAUCUUUUGUGUUUCAUGCAGUAUAACUUUAUUUGGGUCAUUAUUGAUUUCUUUUUUUAUUUAUGAUCUUCAUUAUUUAGAUCCUCUUACAUAAGAUAUACAAUCAAAAAAAAAAAAAAUUAUCCCUCCUCCCUUCAAGAAUACACCAAGUAAAUUAGCUGAAUCAUAAGAAAGAACAAUUGCAGGGUACUCUAUCUUGUAGCUGUUAUUAUUAUUAUUUUUUUUAAUAAAAGAGUAAUGCUCAGUAUUUAAGAAUCCAAAUUUUUAAUAAAAAAGCUUUUUUUAUUAAGGUUUAUUAACAGACCUUAUGGCAGUGAUUCUUUAUAAAUCAAAUUGCUUUCUUCAAAUUAAAAAGAGUUAUUUUGUUUAAGUCAGUAUAUACUUAUAAAAUCCCAGUGAAAGUAAUUGUAAAAUUAUAUACAGUGAAAUAGUUUUCUUUUUCUCAGAAUGCUGACAAGUAUAUCCAUAGCCCCUCAGCACGUCUUUUUUCCUCAUUUGUUUAAAGAUGUGAUAUCUAUUUUUUCAUUAGACUGUUGAAAUGACUAAUAACGUAUUUCUUAUGUUCCAAAACUGACUUGUGUAAAUUCUGGAAAUAUUUGUUUACCUCAGGAUGAUUUUCAGAAAAAAAAAGUUAGGUUACACAUUAGUCCCCCAAAAGUCAUCUAACUGGACAUUCCAUUCCAGUCCAACAUGUAAAUAUUAUUCCUUUUGUCCUGUCUUCCAAAGAAAAUGUUGCAAGAUCUGUAAUCUUACUUUUGUAAUUAUUGUUAUUUUAGUUUGUUUAUUCUUUGUUAUUUCUCUUUCUUAGUAAUCUGUUUUGUCUGUCUGUCCUGAAGGCUGUGAUGUACUUAUGUAUGGUCAUAGGAGUGGAUAUUUUCAUUGAUAUAUAAUGAUUUCUCAUUCCUUCUCAUCGUGGUAGAGAUUACCUUGUUGAUCCACAUGAUAGAGGGAAUUUGGUAUGUGCUAGAACAAAUUGUAUUGAUGAACAAAUUUCCAAAGUCAUUAUCUUUAAAUUCUGAUUUAAAGUUUGAAGGAAUAGCUUAGGUUUCAUUACAAAUGCAGGAACGGUUGUAUACAAUCAUAAUUCCUCAGUUUAUACAUACAGCUCUUUGUAUAUUGUUUAGCUCUUCAUUCAUCUGGCCACUUCUAGAAACAUUAAAUUGCAUAUUUACUUUUUAAUUCAUAGCAACAGAAACCAGCUUUCUUUGUAUGACUGGGCAGUGUGAAGGCUUUUGAGUCUUAUUAUUAGCAGGAAAAUAGGGGUUUUCUUUUAUAAUCACAUGCCAAUAAUCUCUGUCUAGUUGAUAUGCAGAGGGAGUGCAAAUUAAGUUCAAAUAAGAAAUACAAAAUUGAUUUAUAUUUUUUCCUGUUCCCUAAAUAUUGCUCUGUAAAUUAGAAACCAAAAUCUUUGACCCCGGAAAACGUAUGUAAAUGAAUGUAAAAAUAAUUUUAAUACUAAUUACUAAUGAAAAGUGAAUAAAAUAUUUAAAGUGUACAGUGUUGUCUAAGACUGCACAGUUGUUAUAAUAAAAUAAAUCUGUGUUUUAA